AUGGAUGAUACUACUUCAACUCCAAGGGUGUUGAAACAAUGUGUAGACUUGAUAUUGUCUCCGAAACACGAGAAGUAUUCUAUACCGAUGGAUAUCAAUAUCCAUGAGAAAUUUAGUGAACAUCCUGAUAUCCAAUAUUUCAAAAAAAUCAAAUCCAAAAAUCAUUUCAAUUAUCACAAAUAUAAAAAGAAUCCCAUAAAAAUCAAUAAGACCGAUAGUUUGAUGGUUUCUGACUUCGACCCAUAUUCAAGAGAUGCAUUGAUUUCUCGAAUCUCGAGUUAUUCGACGAUAAAUUGGAAAAUACCUUUUGAAAACCAUGAAUUAAAUGAAUUGAGAUGUAGUCAAAAUGGGUGGAAAUGUGUAUCAAUAUCAAUCAAUAAUAACUCCAAAAAUCAUCUAGUUUGUGUUUCAUGUAAGCAGAUGUUAACUUUACGUUUCAACGAAGAAGAUUUCACCACUUUUGAGUUUGAUUUAAAGGAUAUAGAAGAAGUUAAUGAUCAUCUUUGUCAUGAAUAUUUAAAACAAAUUCAGGUAUCAGCUCAUGAAGAAAAUUGUCCUUGGAGGAAUUUUGAAACUCCAGUUGAAGGUAUUUAUUAUCUAAAACCUUUCCUUCACUCCACGAAUGAGAUUUUAAUUAAUAAUUAUUUACACAGUUUAAAGACAUUAGUUGAUAAUGUGUCAGUGAUUAUUGAAAGACAAGAUAACUUCCAUGAUUUGAUUCAAGAAACAAAGUCAAGGGCCCAGAUAGAUCAAUUUACAAAGAAUUCUAACACCUGGCUCAUGAAUAAAUUCUAUAAACAUGAUAAAGAAAAUCAAAUAAUUAGAUUAUCCACUAUACCCAGUUGGAUUUAUAUCAUCAGUUUAUUAAGCUGGGAAUUGAAAGUACAAUCUUUUGCUCAUCAACUUGUAUUGUUCCUUGUUUGUCCUCAGUGUAAUAAAAAGGUGUUCAUAGAUUCCACCCAACAUUCACCUGUUUCCCCAAGUUUUAAAGUUCCACAAUCAACAGGUUUGAACUUAUCAACUUCCAAGAUUUUGACCCCAGUGAAAUAUCCUCCUACAAUAAUGGAAGACGAAGAAGAAUUCUAUAACACAGUGGAUUUAUACCUGGAACACAAACCAUGGUGUUUCAUGAAACACAGAGCUAGUGUAGAAAUCAUGUCCAAUUAUCUUUAUGACAUUAUAGUUAAUUCAGAGACUUCCAUUGGAAUCAAUGGGGAAUUGUUGGAAGAUGUAGAGAUGAAAAUUGGUGAUAGUCAAAAGAGAAGGAAAAGUUUCGAUAUAAAUGAAGGAUUAGAGAGGUUAAAUAAACUUCGAAAAUUAUAUUUAGUUGAAGAAUAA